UAGAUAAGAUAUUUCCAGCUCAAGAGCAGAAACUCCCUUUCCCAGCUGCGAAAGCUUCAAUUUUGAUUCGAUUCCCACAUAAUCAGACCCUAAUUGCUCGAUUCCGAUGGCUGCGUUGUUCAAUUGAUUGCUAAAUUCCUUCAAUUUUUUUUUUUAAAUUCUGCAGUGAUGAACUUAUCGGCGAGUUUUGGCGGGAGUCUCAUCCUUCCCGUUUCUCGCUGCGAUUCUUGCAGUCGGGUUUGCUUUUCGCCUCCGGGAACUGUGGGAUGGAAAUUGAGCUCGCGCUGCUUGUUGAGGAAGAAGGUGAUUAGGAGAAGUAGCGAGGCAAAGACGGAGCCUGUGAGUAAUAACGAUGAGGAAAGUAACUCUCAUGGUGGGGAUGGAUUUGUGUCGAGUGAUUCGUCUCUCGCGAAUGAGGAUUCUCAGAAUGUGGAUGAUAAUCCAUCGGGUGAGUCGAACGUGUUUGAGUCGAAAGAGUUUGCAAACGAAGGAAGUGAUGGAACCAGUGAGGCCCAAGUCAAGAGUGAGGAUGAUAAUGAAGUUCAAAUUACGAGUGGUUCGCCUCUUCCAGGUCUGAAGCAGCAAGAGUUCGAUGAGUCAAUAAGAAUUUCGAAGGAAACAAUUGACAUUCUGAAGGAUCAGGUUUUUGGUUUCGACACCUUCUUCAUAACCAGUCAGGAACCCUAUGAAGGUGGUGUGUUAUUCAAGGGAAACCUACGAGGACAAGCUGCCAAAAGUUAUGAAAAAAUAGCUACGAGAAUGGAAGACAAAUUUGGAGAUCUAUAUAAACUGUUCCUUCUAAUUAAUCCCGAGGAUGAUAAGCCUGUCGCGGUUGUGGUACCUAGGAAGACACUGCAACCGGAUACCACUGCUGUUCCCGAGUGGUUUGCUGCCGGGGCUUUUGGAUUGGUCACGCUGUUCACCUUACUUCUGAGAAAUGUUCCUGCAUUACAGACGAAUGUAUUAUCAGUACUUGAAAAUGCCGAGUUGUUGAAGGAUGGCCUUCCGGGAGCCCUUGUUACAGCACUUAUUCUAGGCAUACAUGAAAUCGGUCAUAUUAUAGUUGCAAAAGAAGCUGGGAUUAAGAUGGGUGUGCCAUAUUUUGUCCCUAGUUGGCAGAUAGGCUCCUAUGGAGCUAUAACGAGGAUACUGAAUAUCGUACGCAAGCGUGAAGAUCUCUUGAAAGUUGCAGCAGCCGGUCCUUUAGCUGGCUUUGCUUUAGGCUUUGUUCUUCUGCUUUUAGGAUUCAUUUUACCACCCACUGAUCAGCUAGGUAUAGUCGUGGAUCCAUCGGUAUUUCAUGAAUCACUCCUAGUUGGGGGAAUAGCUAAGCUUCUCCUCGGAGGAGCUCUCAAAGAACGCACCCCUCUUUCAGUCAAUCCAGUUGUGCUAUGGGCAUGGGCCGGACUUCUGAUCAAUGCCAUUAACAGCAUUCCUGCCGGAGAGCUUGAUGGAGGACGGAUUGCAUUUUCUCUUUGGGGGAGAAAGGCUUCAUCGCGCUUAACUUCAGCGUCCAUUGUGCUUCUUGGACUGUCCUCAUUGUUCAGCGACGUGGCGUUCUACUGGGUGGUGCUGAUAUUCUUCCUGCAACGAGGGCCGAUUGCUCCGCUUUCAGAGGAGAUUACGGAACCCGAGGACAAGUACAAAGCCCUGGGAGUUGUGGUUUUGGUGUUGGGACUGCUUGUGUGCUUGCCAUAUCCAUUCCCUUUUACUAGUGACGAUUUACUUAAUUUUUAGCUUUAUUUUACCCUUUUAUUUAGCAUCUGCAUAGGUUAUCCAAUGUGUUGUUUGUAAAUGAAUAAUGAGAUGCAUCACAAUUUUGCCUAUACUUUUUCGAUUUUCAUGUGA